CGAGAUCAGCAGCCGGCCAGGUCGCACCAACACCGGACGCGGGGGGCUCCGCCGCCCGCUCUGCCGCUGUUCCUGCCGCCGCAGUAGAGCCCGUGGGAUGCGCAACACCGGCAGGGGCUCGUCGGGACCGCUAACCGCCAGGUCCCGUCGAGGCGCCAGAAGCAACCGAGUCGUAAGCAAAGAAAGCCGCAGCGGCCGUGCUAGAGCCAUAUUCUUCGGCGUGCUGGAUAGGCGCACGGCAGUGACGUCACAGGCGCGCCAAGACCUUGCAGAUGGUGGCUGCCGUGGCUCAGUAAGGCACGCGGAAUUGGCGAACCGUGAGGAAGGAGGGAGGAUCUGUAGAGUUCAGCAGCGGCGAGGCUGUAGCAGAAGAGGAAUGAUUGUGAACAGCCUCUCACUGUGCUACCACAACAAACUCAUCUUAGCCCCUAUGGUUCGGGUAGGGACCCUCCCAAUGCGGCUGCUGGCCCUGGACUAUGGAGCGGACAUUGUGUACUGUGAGGAGCUGAUUGACCUCAAGAUGCUUCAGUGCAAGAGAGUUGUCAAUGAGGUGCUCAGCACAGUGGACUUUGUCGCCCCUGAUGACCGAGUAGUCUUCCGCACCUGCAAAAGAGAACAGAGCAGGGUCGUCUUCCAGAUGGGGACUUCAGACGCAGAGCGAGCCCUUGCUGUGGCCAGACUUGUAGAAAAUGAUGUGGCUGGUAUUGACGUCAACAUGGGCUGUCCAAAAGAGUAUUCCACCAAGGGAGGAAUGGGAGCUGCUCUGCUAUCAGAUCCUGACAAGAUUGAGAAGAUCCUCAGCACUCUUGUUAAAGGGACAUGCAGACCUGUGACCUGCAAGAUUCGCAUCCUGCCAUCGCUGGAAGAUACCCUGAGCCUUGUGAAGCGGAUAGAGAGGACUGGUAUUGCCGCCAUCGCAGUUCAUGGGAGGAAGCGAGAGGAGCGACCUCAACACCCUGUCAGCUGUGAAGCCAUCAAAGCCAUUGCUGAAACCCUCUCCAUUCCUGUCAUAGCCAAUGGAGGAUCUCAUGAGCACAUCCAAGAGUAUUUGGACAUUGAGGACUUUCGACAAGCCACGGCAGCCUCUUCAGUGAUGGUGGCCCGAGCAGCCAUGUGGAACCCAUCCAUCUUCCUCAAGGAGGGUCUGCGGCCCCUGGAUGAGGUCAUGCAGAAGUACAUCCAAUACGCUGUGCAGUAUGACAACCACUACACCAACACCAAGUACUGCUUGUGCCAGAUGCUACGAGAACAGCUGGAGUCGCCCCAGGGAAAGUUGCUUCAUGCUGCCCAGUCUUCCCAGGAAAUUUGUGAGGCCUUUGGCCUUGGUGCCUUCUAUGAGGAGACCACAAGAGAACUGGAUGCCCGGCGGGCUGAGCUCUUGGCCAGGACCCCAGAGGAGGCGGGGGAGCCAGCUCAAGACACUUCUGGUGUGAUUAAGAUGGCUGUCAAGUUUGACCGGAGAGCAUACUCACCCCAGAUCACCCCCAAGAUGUGUCUGCUGGAAUGGUGCCGGAGGGAGAAGUUGGCACAACCCAUAUAUGAAACAGUUCAACGCCCCCUGGAUCGCCUCUUCUGUUCUGUUGUCACUGUUGCUGAGCAAAAGUUCCAGUCCACCUUGUGGGACAAGUCCAAGAAACUUGCGGAGCAGGCUGCGGCCAUCGUCUGUCUGCGGAGCCAGGGCCUCCCUGAGGGUCGGCUGGAUGAGGAGAGCCCCUCCUUGCACAAGCGCAAGCGGGAGGCUCCUGACCAAGACCCUGGGGGCCCCAGAGCUCAGGAACCAGCAGUGCCUGGGGAGCUGUGCAAGAAGCCCUUUGUAGCCUUGGGAAAUGGUAAAGAGAGCCCCUGUGGGGACAGAGCAUGAACCAGAAGACUAUUGGACAAUUUGCUGCUCCUGCCUGACAGGAGUUAUGAGGUUCUGGCCUGGGCCAUCAGCCUGGAGCAUGGGACAAGGUGUGCCCAGAGUGCCCAUCUCCCUUAGUAGGUCUGAGUAGCAGGACCAAGUUCCUAGCGACUCAGUAUUUUCUUUGAAAAUGGGCUAUUCAGGUGGCACCUCCCCAACCUGACAUUGGUACAGUGCAAUAAAGUCAUCCUCUCCACCCUUA